AUGACUUACCCAUGGGGAUGUCUAAAGUCAGAAACAAUUGGAUAUGAAGAUAUUCUACUAUUUGAUUCAUUUACUUUACUUGGAAGAAAUUAUCAAAAAUGUUUCUCAUUUAAUUCAUAUAUUAGUGCAACUCAUCUUCAAAUUCAAAGAAGAAUUAUUGAUGGCAUAUCAAUAAUUACUGCAAGAGAUUUUAGUUCAAAUGGCUCAUAUGUUAAUGGAGAUUUAUUUGAUGAGACUCAAAUCCAUUGCUAUGAUGAAAUAAGUUUAUUCCACCCUAAAAAAGAAAACUCUAUUCAUUAUUGUUUCAUUGAAAAUGAAGUUGAAGAAGAUGAUAAACAAAAUGGAGGACCUCAGUAUGAUUAUGAAAUUGGAAAUUAUUUAGGAAGUGGUGGAUUUUCAAUAGUUAGAGAAGCAAUUUCAAAAGAAUCAAACAAUCUCUAUGCAAUAAAAAUAAUCAAAAAUAGUUCUGUUAAAAAAACAACAAUGUUUCAAAAUGAAAUUAAUAUCAUGCAAUCAUUAGAACAUCCAAAUAUUAUCAAACUUGAAAAAGUUUAUAUCACUAAUAAACAUAUAUUUCUUAUUAUGGAAAGAUUAAAUGGUGGAGACCUUUAUGAAAGAAUUAUCAAUAAUACAUUUUCUCAAGAACAUAGUAAAGUUGUUAUUUAUCAAAUUCUUUCUGCUUUAAAAUAUAUUAAAGUACAUAAUAUUAUUCACAGAGAUAUUAAACCAGAAAAUAUUUUAUUUGUUAAUAAAUUAGAUUAUUUUAUUAAAAUAACUGACUUUGGACUAAGUAGAAGAAUAGACACUACUUCCCAUUUAGCAUCUACUGUUUGUGGUAGUGAUUUAUUCAUUGCACCUGAAAUAUUAAAAAAAUUAUAUAAUGGAACACCUUAUGAUGGAAGUAAAGUUGAUGUUUGGAGUUCUGGGGUUUUAUUAUUUGUAAUGGUAUGUGGUUAUCCACCAUUUUCAAGAACUAAUAACCAAUAUAUAGAAAGUAUUUUAAAAGGAGAAAUAAUAUUUAAAGAAGAUUGGAAUAAUAGAAACCCAUUAUUAAUAGACCUAAUAAAAAGGAUGUUAGUAGUUGAUGUGAAUCAAAGAAUUAGUAUUGAAAAUUGUUUACUUCAUCCAUUUUUUAAAUAA